AUGACACGACGAACCGACUGGACGCCUCCGCCGGCACGGGGGUCGACGAUUGUGAUAUCUGACGGACCUUCGUCAGAUGUAGCCACCUUUGAGCAGGACGGCCAGGAUCAUGCCCGGCCGUUUGGAACCCUUGUUGCUUCAUACAGGUGUACCGAGUCGCCUUUUGAAGAAGCCGCACCAUACCAGAGUGAUGGUUCGGAUACAAAAAGGAGAAAAUUGACGGGUUCUGCAACGGAAAAAAUAGGCAGGCCGACCCCAGGUGCCGCAGCGAAGCAGGUUGCCAAGAAGAAGGCGCCUCGAAAGAAGCCAAGGACAAUCACUGCCAUCGCCACAGCUGCGUACAAGACUGCGUCUCAAGCAGAGCCAGCGGAUACGCCACCGCAGACAAUAACCCCGCAGCCUUUAAUUGAAGUCGCGAAGCAGGAUUUUGUCUUUGGCACGUCCAGUCAGCUGGCGAGGGAGCAAUCGCCUACGUUUCUACGCAGCCUGCAAAAGGCAACACAAGAAUUCAAUGCGCUUGAAGAGGUCCCCUUCAGAUCUCCUCUGAAUAGCGACGCCAUCGAACCUCCGGAACGCGGGCUCAAACUGUGGGGUGCAGCAGCGCGAGAUGCUGAUGGGGAUUUGUUUGAUAUCCAAGUCAUUGACCUUAUGGAAGAGGACUCGGCCGUGCCACAAACAGCCCGAGAUGCUGAUCCAUACGGGUAUUUCAGGGCUGAGGACCGGUCAAGCUCAUGCCUCCAUGACCGCGGCGCUCGAGCGGCUGGCAGCGCUGUCACGGAAGGCAAGGGAUACCAGUCGGAUACUUUGCCAGGGUAUAUCGACGACCGCUCCAAUGCCGCCGAUCCUUCAAACCGUUCCGAAUUACCGAAGAUGCGGCCAAUAAACAGGUCAAGUUCGACGACGGUCGAGACGAUAUCUUCAACUACCGCCACGGCAAGGACUUCACAAAGGCCACAAUCUCCAGGAAGACAACCUUUGCCAGGAAGCAACGCAGGCAACCCCCCACCACCGGCGUGGGAAAGUUAUACAGAUGCUCAACUUUGCAAAACGCUGUCACGAUACGGAUUCAAGCCAAUCAAACGACGGCCUGCAAUGAUCGCCCUCUUGCAACAAAUCUUGAUACAAACGAACCAGGUGGCUCCGCAACAAGUUCGGUCCAAGUCUACCGUCGGCAGCCGUUCGUCGGAAGCAGCUGCAACAAAGGUCAUCACCCCGAAGAAAGCUCGGGGUCGGCCACGGCGGGAUGUCAACGAAGAAGCGCCGGCGCAGGACCCGCCGCCGUCAGCCCAAGCUCCGGAAACGCCGAAGCGACCGCGAGGGAGACCGAGAAAGGGCUCACAGACUACAAGUCCGACCAAGGCAAAGAACUCGGAGCAAGAAUCCAAGUCAAAACACGCUGGACAAGUGGCGGCGCCAAGGAAGUCCAAGACCAAAAAGGUAACUGAGAUUGACGAUUCCGAAUCCGAGCUGGGGAGUAUGCCGAGCUCCUCUCCGGGGUCGUCGCCUGGGUCAAGUGUUUCCGGGGCGCGCCAGAUCGACCUGGCAAUGUCUGUUGACGAGGACACCGAGCUGUCUCUGGCCAUGACGCCGACGGACGCUCAGAGCAAUCUGUUCAGUCACAUCUCGGAAGCUGUCACGACGGCGCCUCGUGCAACCGAUCCAGCUCGACCCUCGUGGCAUGAAAAAAUUCUCUUGUACGACCCAAUUGUACUGGAAGAUCUCGCUGCUUGGCUCAACAGCGGGCCGCUCAGCCGCGUUGGGUAUGACGGAGAGGUAAAUCCUGUCGAGGUGAAGAAGUGGUGCGAGUCCAAAAGCAUUUGCUGUUUAUGGAAGGUGAACCUGAGGGGCAAAGAGCGGAAACGAUAUUAG